CUUUAGUCUAAUUCCACAGGGCAUGUCGUUCGACCUAGACAAGACCAAAAUGGGUAUAACAUAUAGGUACAAUACCUACCUAUAUUCAUAUAUAUUGUAUUUAUACCUACCUCCUAUAUAUAUAUAAUCCACAUCUCCCCUCACCAUAAGAACCAAGCUUCCAAGCUUCCUUCUUCACACGCAGUAAAGAAACCACCCAGCCCCCAGCAUAGUUUAUUUUCCACGAUGCACUUCCCCAGCACCAGCACCCUCCUCCCCCUCCUACUUCUCGCCGCGUCCAGCGCCUCCGCGGUCCGCACCAUAAUCCCCAAAACCAGCUUCAACUCGCAAGCCGACUUCGACGCGGCCUGGGCGUACAACUACCCGUGGGGCACGGACCACAACGGCGGCGCGCGGAUGGCCCAGUCGCAAGCAUCCCUGUCGGGAGACGGGGUGCUCACGCUCACCGCGCGAAAAGUCUCGGGCCAGAAGGACGCGACGCACGGCGGGCGCGCGAUCAAGAUCCACUACCUGUCGGGGGCGGUGCGCGCGCGGGCGCACUUCGCGGUGGCGCGGGGCGGGGGGUACGACUUCUUGGGCGAGUUCCGGGCGCCGACGGCGCGGGGCGCGUGGCCGGCGUUCUGGCUGACGGGGGUGGAGGGGUGGCCGCCGGAGAUCGACGCGGCGGAGUGGAAGGGGACCGGGAAGGUAUCGUUCAACACGUUCAACACGUCGAGCGAGCUCGCGUGGACGGACGUCGCGUACCCGAGCCCGGAGCGGUUCCACGCGGUCCGGUGCGAGGUGCGCGACGCGAUGAACCAGCGCGACGUGCUGGUGAGGUUCUACCUGGACGGGCAGCUGGUGGCGACACAGGGCGGGGGGGAUUUCCUCGGGAAGCCGAUGUACUUGAUUAUCAACUUGCAGAUGGAAGGGUCCUCUGGGUCUCCGGGUCCUGCCAGCGACACGCUAUAUCAAGUACGGAACCUGGAGGUAUUAAGCUACAACCCAUAGUCAGGGGAUAAGUCAAUAAGGAGGA